AUGACUACAGUGCGAAAAACCAUCUUUCAGAUGUGGGGAGAUUCGCAAGGACUGAUGAUCACUAGUGCAGGUUCUAAGUCUUUCAUUUUGAACUUUAAAAGUCAAGACGAAGCAAGGAGAGCUUAUGAAGGCGGACCAUGGAGAAUAGAAGGCCAUAUGCUUAGUCUUCAAUUGUGGAGCUCAAAUCUGUCCAUUGAUGAGGUAAAUUACAAUCAGCUUCCUAUUUGGAUUCAAAUACAUGGAUUACCAUAUGAUAAAAUCAAUAAAAGUAACGCUGAGAAAAUAAGAGCAAUAUUGGGUAGGGUUAUAACUGCAAAAGAUCCUUUUGUUGAAGGAAAUAUGCUUAGACCUUUUUUGAGAGUUAGAGUUGAGAUUGAUAUUCAACUUCCAUUAAAAACUGAAUUCUGGUUCAAAAAGUUUGAUGGAAGUCAUGCAUGGGCAUCGUUAAAAUAUGAAAAACUGUAUGAUUACUGCUAUAAGUGUGGGAUGAUUGGUCAUGAUAAAAGGACCUGUGUUGAGGAGAUGGCUAUGUCCAUAGUUAAUCCUAAUAUGCCCAAAUAUGGUCCAGAGCUCACUACUCCAGGUCUGAAGUCCAUAGAUGUUGAAGCAAGAAAGGCUGGGAUUAGGAGACAGAAGGAAGAUCAAAACAACUGGAUGGAGGAGCUAUGGGAGGCAUGUGAGAGAAGCCAACAGAAAAGGAAAAAUCUGGAACAAAAUGAAGGGACUAAUCUGGAUGAGCUGAUGGGUGAUGAAAAUACUGCUGUCUUGAAAUUAGGUGAUGGGGCUCAGACAGAAAGGAGGAUUGAAGAAAUCUCCUCUGGUUCAAGGGAUAGACCAGGGGAUAGAUCAAAUCUAGGUACAGAGAUCGAUAGGCCAAAUAAAUUGUAA